CCCCCCCCCCCCCCACUACUCCCACCACCACCAGAGCCGCCAGGGAGACCCGGGCACCUCCACCGGCAGGCGUUGCGAGAGUCGUCCGGCCAGCUCGCCCUGCCGUUCGCUGCCCGUCAUAAACCGACGCCAGAAUUGUUCUAAUCCCCUCCAAGUCUCCCUAUUUGCGGCGGUACUCGUAUACUCCCACCCCGCCGCCCGCGCUGCCCUCACGACGUCAUUCCGUCGCUGUCCCUCCUUUGACUUUGAAAUCCGUUACACAGUCUGGCGGCAUGGAUUCGAGGUACUAUCGCCCAAGCUCACCCCGGCGGCUCGUGAAUCCAGGCAGGUCGUCAACUGGCACGUUUGACCCAUACUACGACUCUCACUAUUCGCGGGGAGGGGCAACGUCUCCGACAACAGCUGGCGAGAGAGUUGCAGGCUCGACAGCUCCGCACCUUCACCUGUACACGUAUGCCCCAAGCAGCAGCUCUGGUUCGCGAUCCAGUAACGUCAAGUAUGAUUCUUACUCAGGCCGCCCACGACGCAAUACUCUCACUGAGUCCGACGACCGCUUAGUCAGACCCACUUCCACUUCUCUGGCACCUUCAACGGCGAUCCCAAUCCGCAGCCACGGCCUUAGUGUCCACCAUGACCGCCCAACCAGCCCUCUCUCUCGAUCGUGGGAUGGUCGAGGCGAGACUUACAUUACGCACCCUCCCCGACGAGAGCAUAAGCGAAUCUACAGUGUGGACGACGACAAUCAUACGUCAAAACUCAUUACUGAGAAGGACAUUGUCGAACCUCGAAGGCGUGAGAGUCAAGACACUCGGGCUCACGGCACCACUACUGGCGGCGGGCGGAACCAUCAUCGCAACAAGCCCCUCAUACGGACUACAGACCUCAGCGACGAAGGCUAUUCUUACACAGAUGCAGCGGGCAUGUACCGAGAUACGGAACCGGCUUGGCGUCGACCACGCUCUGGGAGUGUCGAGAGAGGCUCACGUCCGACUAGCAUGAUUGUAGACAAUAGAGGACCCCGCACUUCCACCCGAGAACUUGGCCCCCCUCCUUCCACUCGAGGUUUCAGUAAGAUUAACAAUGGCAUUGCUAGUGGCACUUCUAGGAAUGGCAGUGGGAGUCUUCGUGAUCAACGCGCUAGGACGUCUUCGAUUGAUAGGGCUCGAGACGCGCCGAGGUAUGAGCCAUAUGCUGAUGCAGCUCCAACGAGGUCGUCCUCAACCCGCCAUCCUACCACCACCGUACAUCAGGAGCCGCGAGAUCACCGUCGAGAAAUCUAUCACGAUGAAUACGACCGUCGAGACAGGGAACCAGAGAAUAGGCGGCAAUACCCCUCUAAUAGGUUUGAGGACCGCGAAGUAACUACUCGAGGUUUCGGUAUUGCACCCGGUCCGGGUAAUCCCAACCUCGCACGUGACCCGAGCCUUGACCGCCAACCCAUCUGGCCAACUUCCGAGACGGGACGGGGAAGGGCAGAGGAAUACACGGUGCCGUACUACGCUCCCGACCGCGCUGAAGCCCGCAUGCCGGAGGCUCGAAUUCCACGAGAACGCGAGGUUGCCCCUGGCUACGAAGACCGUCCUCGAGAGCGAGAUAGAGACCGUCGCGAGAGGGAUGUCGAUGACCGUGGUCACAUUGCUCCUAUCGUCCCGCUCGCAGCUGGUGCCGCUGCUGCAACCUAUGGCGCCGCCGAAGCUCUGAAGUCUCGAGAUAGGGACCGAGACCGAGAUCGGGACUCUGACAGAGAGCGUGAGAGGCGAAAAGAGCGUGAUGAGCGUGAUCGUCGAGAUAGAGGUCCUGAGGAGCGCCUGCCACCCGCCACCGCUACCUAUGCUUCGACUCAAGAUGCCGAUCCUAAAGUCAAGGGCCGCCGACACGAUGACGAUGAUAGGGAGAGAAGACAUCGACGUGCUCCUUCUUCAGACGGCAGCAGCGAUGAGCGACCCCGUCACUACGUCGACCGAGAUGUGGCCCGAGAGACCGACCGUCGAAUAGAGCCAGCUCCGAAGGAGACCGGAGUCGAUCCUGAUGAAGAAUACCGGCGCCGGAUUCAACAGGAGGCUGAGCGUAGUGGUCGAGGCGCCCGCGAUAUGGAAUAUAUUGAUGCAGAUAGAGAUAAGGACCGUCGUCGACGAAAAGAAGAACGAGAGAGGUCCCGCGAUGGCUCAGAUGAAUACCGUUCUCGCGUUCCCGCUUCAAAUGUUGCAGAGCCGGCGCACUCCCGCUACAACGACCGUUCUGGAAGUGUUUUGGACACUGACAUUGUCCAAGAGCCUGACUCACUUACCUCUCCUGCCGUUGAACGCGAGCCUGGACGGUCUGUCCAGAUCGUCGCUCCGCCCAGGGAGCCUCCUUCUCAACCUAAAGGCAUCCUUCGUAAGCCGACCGCGAAGUUCCCUGAGGAUCCUGAUCCGAUUCGAGAGGGUGUUGCUCCGCAUAAGAGCGCAUUGAAGGGCAAGGAUGUUCCACCAGGUGCUCGCUGGACCAAGGUCGACCGUCGACUUGUCAACCCCGAGGCCUUGGAGGAAGCCAAGGAGCGCUUCGAGGAGCGCAUGGACUGCGUCAUCGUUUUAAGGGUUCUGACCAAGCAAGAGAUUCAGCAGUUGGCAGAUCGAACUAGAGAGAUUCGCGAGGCUAGAGAAGACGAAUAUGAACGCCGCGAGCGCCGAGACAAGGAGCGACGAAGCCACCGUAGCCACCGUGAUGAGGAAGACAGGGGCCAUCGGCGAGAUUAUGAUGAUGAUGACGACGACGACAAUGAUAUUCCACGGGAUCGGGACCGAGAUCGGGAUCGCGAUAGGGACCGAGAGCGACCGCGUAUGAUCGAGGCUGGAAGGUGAUUUGAUCAGACGUCUGACAAGAUAUGCUAGCCUAU